CGCCGCCGUUGCGCUGCCGCGCUGUCGACGCCGCCUGUCCCGUGCCGGGUUUGGAGGUGCUGCCAGGAGUUCUCGGAUCCUCUGAGACCGUCGUUGGAUCUCAGAUCACAAAUCUGCAUUCUAAUUUGAACUGUGGGAAGAAAGGAUAGUCGGUGGGUGGUAUUCCUCCCUGAAAGGCACGAUGUUUUCCAAACUAGCUCAUUUGCGGACGCUUCCUGUGCUUCGUCGCGGAGUUCACUCCUCAGUGGCUUCUGCUACGUCUGUUGCGACUAAAAAGACAAUCCAGGGCCCUCCAUCUUCUGAUUACAUUUUUGAGCGAGAAUCUAAAUAUGGUGCACACAACUACCAUCCUUUACCUGUAGCCCUGGAGAGAGGAAAAGGUAUUUACGUAUGGGAUGUAGAAGGCAGAAAAUAUUUUGACUUCCUGAGUGCUUACAGUGCUGUCAACCAAGGGCAUUGCCAUCCAAAGAUUGUGAAUGCCCUGAAAAGUCAAGCAGACAAACUGACCUUAACAUCUAGGGCUUUCUAUAAUAACGUACUUGGUGAAUACGAAGAGUAUGUUACGAAACUUUUCAACUACCACAAAGUUCUUCCUAUGAAUACAGGAGUGGAGGCUGGAGAGACUGCUUGCAAACUUGCUCGUAGAUGGGGCUAUACUGUUAAGGGUAUUCCAAAAUACAAGGCAAAGGUGGUUUUUGCAGCUGGAAACUUUUGGGGCAGAACACUGUCUGCUAUCUCCAGUUCCACAGACCCAACCAGUUACGAAGGUUUUGGACCAUUUAUGCCAGGGUUUGAAAUCAUUCCCUAUAAUGAUCUGCCUGCUCUUGAGCGUGUUCUUCAGGAUCCAAACGUUGCCGCGUUCAUGGUAGAACCAAUUCAGGGUGAGGCGGGCGUCGUGGUUCCCGAUCCCGGCUACAUGAUGGGCGUGCGAGAGCUCUGCACCCGCCACCAGGUUCUGUUCAUUGCUGAUGAAAUACAGACAGGAUUGGCCAGAACUGGUAGGUGGCUGGCUGUCGAUUAUGACAAUGUCAGACCCGAUGUAGUCCUUCUUGGAAAGGCACUUUCCGGCGGCUUAUACCCUGUGUCGGCGGUGUUGUGUGACGAUGAGGUGAUGCUGACCAUUAAACCGGGGGAGCACGGGUCAACCUACGGUGGCAAUCCACUAGGCUGCCGCGUGGCCAUCGCCGCCCUGGAGGUUUUGGAAGAAGAAAACCUUGCUGAGAAUGCAGAAAAAAUGGGUAUCAUCCUGAGGAAUGAGCUCAUGAAGCUGCCGUCUGAUAUUGUAACUGCUGUCAGGGGAAGAGGAUUAUUAAAUGCUAUUGUUAUUCGAGAAACCAAAGAUUGUGAUGCUUGGAAGGUGUGUCUGCGACUUCGAGAUAAUGGACUUCUGGCCAAGCCAACCCACGGCGACAUCAUCAGGUUUGCACCCCCGCUUGUGAUCAAGGAGGAUGAGAUUCAGGAGUCUGUGGAAAUCAUUAACAAGACCAUCCUGUCUUUCUGAGGGUGGUGACUGUUUCCAGUGCUGCCCGGAGCCAGCUAGAGACGGCGGUUCCUGUAAGUCCCGUAGCUUUCCUGUGCUUCGCGUGGGCACGGUCCACUCCCCAGUGUCCAAGGACUUUUUUUUUAAAUACACUUUGUUUUUUUCAGUUCAUGCAUAAUAGAAUGACAUUUAUAAACACGCAGUUUGCUAUGUAACAUGACUAAGAGAAUGUAAUGGCAUCUAUAUUCGAUUCAGUUUCUCUGUGUGUGUGCUUUCUAAGAUGAAACACAUCUACUUGUAUAUAGAGAGCCUUUUAAUCAAGCCCUUCGGUAUAAUUUAUAUGUUUUUAUAAUUUCUUUACUGACACAAAUGUUUUGUAUUUGAAAAAGUUAUAUGGGGUGUUACGUGGA